AUGGAAAAACGCUUAGCUAGCCGUCGUGUUCCUGAUGAGUUGCGGAAACGUACUUUCGCGAGCUGUGACACCUGCCGGAAGGCAAGUGGCGACCUUAUCCUGCCUGGCUGGCUCUUCUCCUGUCAGAAUUAUGCUAACCACGAUGUAUUAGCGCCGCUGCAAAUGAUUCACUGUCUUGAAGCAAUCGUUAAGGGGGUGUUUCCGGGUGAGCCCGUUGAUAGUAUUUCUGCUCUGUUAGAGCUGGGCCGGAAAGCCGGCUAUGAAAUGCCCAAGCUGGACCUUCCACAACAAAAUGAGAAUGAGCGGAGAGUUGAGCUACGGAGCUCAGAAAGCGCCUAUCAGACCCUGACGUGCGCUAGCAAUAGCAACGAUCAGCCAGGGUGUAUCAGAACCAGCCAGCGCCCACCGCAGCUGGUCAAAGACAGCCGUGGCCAUAGUCAUUACAUCGGGCCGUCAGCAUCCCUUGCAUUCUUUGCGGAUCUUCGCAGCCUUGUAUCGGAGCAACAGCCUUCCUCUUGCUUCGCUGCAGAUACUCUGACGGAGUCUCUCGAAGCUCGACAAGAUUCGAGUCGCUUGUCACCGUCAGCAGUGAGUACAGGCAUGACGCCACUUGCACGCGAUGAAGAAUUAUCGUUUGUCAAGGCACAGUUGCAGGAAAUGCCCCGGGAUUGUCUGCUGGCAAUAAUACAUGCCUUCUUUCACUCUGUAAAUUCAGAUUUCCCACUACUGGACAGGGGAUACUUCUUUAACAAGCUCGAGUCCUACAUCUACCCCAUCGGCCCCGCUGAGGGAUUGGAAGAUGGUUGGGUGGCCUGUAUCCAUGCUGUUCUCGCCUUUGGCUGCUGGAUCCUGGAUGAUGACGCUAGAUUCGAAGCCGAUGAACUAAGCACGCUAAGGUCUCGCUGCUGGAACCUCGCUCGAGGAGCUUUGGCCGGCUUAUUGACCUCGUGUACGGUCUCCAAUAUCCAAGCCCUGUUGCUUAUGGCACUCUUCCUGCACAACAACAAUGAUCGGAAUGCAGCGUGGACCCUAACUGGUAGUGCUGCGAGGAUUGCUAUUGCUUUGGGAUUGCAUCGCAGCGAUAUCGACGAGAGCCUUCGCCUAACAGAACAAGACUCCAGAAGGCGAGUCUGGUCUACGCUAUUUACAUUUGAGCAAUUUCUCUGCUUAUGUUUGGGCCGCCCAAGUGUGAUCGACAGUCGGGAGGUAACCCUGGGACCGGCUCCCGAAGUCUCUGCUACUGCCCUUCUCGGUCAUCCCAGCCAUCACCAGGUGGCAACUGACCUUCAACAACAAGUCAGUCGGCUCCGCGAUGCGAUCGCUUUCUUGCAUCGGCCUGCUUCACCUGUAUCAUCCGCUGAUACGCAAUGUACUGAUCCAAUAUCACUCUUGAGUAACCUUAAAACCUGGGAAGCUGAGAUACCAACUUAUCUCAUUAUACCAUCCGAUAUCUUGGAUACGUGCAUCACCCCCUCGACGGCAGUGCUGAAAGCGUUCGUCCCCAGAUAUCCACCAGACCAACUACGGCCAACGGUUCUCCUCCAUUUAACCUAUAAUAAUCUCCUUAUUCAGCUUACACGGCCAUAUUUGCUUACUGUAAUUUCGAUGAGCCGAAGGCAGAACCCGAAGCAGCAGUACCCUUGGACUCUACCGAGAGAUAGUUUCCAAAACGUGCAGAAGAGCGCUGAGCACCUGGCGUCUAGCUGCGUCACAGCAGCGAUGCGCAUUGUUAAUCUUCUCGUCCUGCUUGAUUAUGCCAAUGGGGUCAAUGGAAAGACUGGCCUGGACCUUUUCUACGGGUACUCGGCUGGAAUGGUUCUGCUCCUCCGUCGGCUGUGGGUCAUGCCCCCGGAUCUUCCGAAGUCUUUGUGGCAGCUUGAAGGUGCAGCUCAGAAAGAUGUUCAGUGCAUGGUGACAAAGUUGCAGUCCAUAAUGCAAGUAAACGCGAAAUGUCCGACAAUGCAGAGGUUCAAUGCAGUGCUUCAAAAGUUCGACGAAGCCGUUCUGGCGAACGGGCAACUUCGGGAACGAGGUGAAAAUGAAGUCGCACCGUUGGGCUUGGCACAGGGGGGAGGAAUUGACCAUGUGCCCUCACAGCUUCGCAUACCUUGCGUCGAUAGUCUUAACAGCGACCUGGAUGGUACUGCUUCGGAUAGCCCGAGCCUGUGGCAAGAGUCUUUGCAGACGAUCACGCAGUAUAGUCUCGACUGGAGCAACUUUGAGCAGUUCCUUGGUAGCAUCAAUGUGGCAUAG